GGAACACAGUCUAGUUGGUAGCUCAAAGUAGCUUGCUUGAUUCCAAGUGUAAAAAGCACACGGUCGCUUCUGAAGGACGGAAAGAAGCAGGAGUCUCUGCCCGGGACAACUUUACAUCUUUUGUGUCUUAUCGGCUCCCGAGGGUGGAUAUCAGUAGACAAACAACGACAACAACAACAACCAAAGUCUCUGGCCAUGUCUGGACAGAAGAGAGGAGCCGCCCGGCUGCUUAAAUGUGCCUUCUGCAGAACCAACCGGGACAAGGAGUGUGGCCAGUUACUGAUGUCAGACAGCCAGAAGGUGGCAGCUCACCACAAGUGCAUGCUGUUUUCCUCCGCCCUGGUCACUUCUCACUCAGACAGCGACAACAUUGGAGGGUUUUCAUUGGAGGAUGUGAAGAAGGAGAUCAAGAGAGGAAAUAAACUGAUGUGUUCUACGUGUCAUCGGCCGGGCGCCACCAUCGGAUGUGACGUGAAGACGUGUCGGAGGACGUAUCACUACUACUGCGCUCUGAAGGACAAAGCUCAGAUCAAAGAGGACCAAUCACAGGGCAUUUACCUAGUUUACUGUCGCAAACACAGAGAUGCCUCCCAAGACGACAUUCAAGAUGAAGACGAAGGUGUGGCCAACGACUCUGACUCUACUUUGUCACCGCCGCAAAGUAGAGGCAGAGGACGAUUCGAGAAGACCAGAGCCAAAGCAGGUUCCCGUGGCCAAUCAGAAGAAACCUGCUCCACGUCCUCACAGGCUGCAGAUGAAGAGAGCUCCUCUCAUCGAGACAGGUCACCUCUUCGUUCCAGCGCCGGAGACGGCGGCCAGCGCUGUGGCUUUUGUCACGCUGGUGAAGAGGAGAACGAAAUGCGGGGCAUGCUUCACACCGAUAACUGCAAAAAAGUUGCCGCUCACUACAAAUGCAUGCUGUUUUCUUCCGGGACAGUCCAGCUGACCACCACCUCACGAGCCGAGUUUGGAAAUUUUGACGUAAAAACAGUCAUACAGGAAAUCAAAAGAGGGAAGAGAAUGAAAUGUACUCUGUGCACUCAGUUGGGCGCUACCAUUGGCUGUGAAAUCAAAGCAUGUGUGAAGACCUACCACUAUCACUGUGGCCUGCAGGACAAAGCCAAGUACAUCGAAAACAUGGCGCGUGGCAUCUACAAGCUCUACUGUAAGAACCACAGUGGAAAUGAAGAGAGGGAUGAGGAGGACGAGGAGCGAGAGAACCGCAGCAGAGAGAGGGCGGCCAACGACCACAGAGGAACGCCAGCAACACAAGUGAAUGGCAACUAGGUGUUUGCUGAGAUGUGACGUUGGCAGAAAAACUGAAGAAACUCAAGGAUGGGGGAGAUAUUUUUUUUUUUAUAUUUUACUUUAACCUCCUCCCAAAGCCGUGGUCUGGGAGAUCUCCACAUCAUUUCUUCCAGUGAGUGCACACGAUGUUAAAUCUGCAGCAGACAAACACUCCGCUGAAACCCUGUGGUGGAGUUCUGUUUUCCCCACAGACAGGUGGCGCUGGUGGACGAGUGGCGCAGCGUCCAGGAGAUCAAUCACUGAUUCAUUUUGAACAUUUGUACGUGUAUCAUUUUCAUGAAUAAGAGCCGACAUUCACUGGUCCGUCAGCUCCGCUGUCCUCACACUUGACACCGUCUCCUCCUCCCCCCGUAGCUUCUGAAGGACCCACUUUUAAGAGGGGUCCGUUUGUUACUCGUCUCCCCUUGAAGUUAUGCUCUUUGAUUACUCUGUUUCUGUAGUCGUGUCUUAAGAAAAAAACAGUAUGCUUUCCAUGUUAGCCUUUCUUGAUAUGUAAUAUUUUGCUACUGUAUUAUUAUGAGAAUUUUUGGAUAUUUGGAUUUCCAACAGUGACCAUUACAAGUUUUGCCAGCAUGCACAUGACAUUUUUUUAAUUAACUCCUAACGGGCACAGUGGAGCUCUUAGGAGGAGUUGGCUUUACUUUGUGUAAUGUACAGCUACCUGUAUCCCCACAGAUGUAUCCAUGAAUGAUUGGAAAUAGAAAACAUUUGAUUUUACACA